AUGCCACAAGAGAAUCUGAAAGCGAUUCCAUUUCAGACCUCGUUGCAAGCGGAAGACGAUGGGACUGGUGACGAGCUUGUUGAUGCGACCGAAGAUGCAGAUGACGACCUCGCUGACGAAGAAGAAGAAGAAGACGAUGGCGAGGAGGACACCGAACCUUCCAUCAAUACCUCAAGCGAAGAUGCAAGGUAUAUGGAGGCCAUAAAGCUUCAAGAGGAGAUCGAAGAUCUCGAAAACGCUAUCCAAGGCUUGAGCGACUACUACAAGGUCGUCGACAGGCUCGGCGAGGGCACCUUCUCAUCUGUCUACAAAGCCAUUGAUUUGCAGCACUUCGCCUUCGAUAAUGACGACUGGGUCGGCCGUGGGCCUCUGGAUCCUUUCCGCAAGGGCGUAUGCCAUGUUGCUCUCAAGAAGAUCUAUGUCACAUCGAGUCCACAGCGUAUCUACAACGAGCUUUCCAUCAUGGAAGAUCUCCGUCCUGCACAGUACGUCUCGUAUCUCAUUACUGCCUUCCGAUCCGAGGACCAGAUUGUAGCUGUCAUGCCAUACAGUCGCCAUCGCGACUUUCGUGACUACUACAAAGAGAUGCCGCUAGGAGACUUCAAGUACUACUUCCGCUGUCUCUUCUCAGCGCUGCAGAACGUUCACGAGGCAGGCAUCAUGCAUCGCGACAUCAAGCCAGCAAACUUCCUAUACGACCCUGCAACAGGUCACGGCACCUUGUGUGACUUUGGCCUUGCCGAACGCUUCGAGGCAACAGAGUGGAGAGGCAAAUGCCAUCACUUCUGCCCGACACCGCUCCAUCCGCACGGUACUAGAGAGAUCAAUCGAGCUGUCGACUCGAUCUACUUUGAGCCAGGCAAGCCUCUAUCGACGCAGCCAGCACCAUCAAACAGCGCCGCAUCGCCUGCAACUAGCGCUUUGAACGGCUCAGCGACAACAGGCGGUGCAGGUGACCGAGUCGUCGCUUCCUCCAAGUCAGGCGUGAUGGACCCGCCUCCCGAGCGUGUAGGCUACCUCGUCUAUGAUGCACGCCAAGGUGUCCGUGCCAACCGUGCGGGCACGCGUGGAUUCCGUGCUCCAGAGGUGCUGCUCAAGUGUCAAGAUCAGACGGUCGCUAUCGAUAUUUGGUCUGUCGGGGUCAUCUUGCUGACACUAUUGAUCCGACGCUUCCCCGUCUUCAACUCAAAUGACGAUGUCGAAGCCCUGCUCGAGAUUGCUGUCAUUUUUGGCAAGUCACGCAUGGAGACGUGUGCCAUGCUGCACAACCGUAUCUUCCACUGCAACGUCCCUACGGUCAGCAACUCGACUUCACUGACCGACUUCAUUCACAGACUCAACCCAGAUCUUCGGAACCCAGGCAACCAUCCAAACCCAGAGCAGUACAUGCAAGACGUUGCCGAUGCGCUCGAUAUGGUCAAGUCGUGCUUGCACGUCGACUGUACCCGGCGCAAAACCGCCGCCGAGCUGCUGCAGCAUCCAUUCCUCCGCAUCGAUGCAGAAGAGGAAGCAGAGGAGAUCAUGGACGAAGAUGCAGCCUACAUUCAGCAGGAGCAAGACUUUGCUGACUAUUACCAGAUGGCUGAUGAGCAGCUGGUCGAUGCAUACCGACAAGGUGAGAUUCCAGUGGCGUACGAGUACGAUGAACUGGAAGAUGCGGACGAGGACGAGUACGUCCGCGGUGAGGAAGUGGUACAGUUGCGAAGCAGACGCGGGAUGCAGGACGAAACGGGCGAGCCGGUUCAAUCUGAUCCGCAGCAUGGCAUUCAAGAACACGAGCAGCAUCAGCAGCAACAACAACAACAACAACAACAACAACAACAACAACAACAACAACAUCAUCAUCAUCAUCAUCAGCCGGUGUUCAUGCCGGUAUCAGCAUCGUAUACUGCAGCAGCAACAGCACAGCACAUGUAG